AUGCUGAAAUUUGUGGUAACAGUUCUGCUCCUCGCCAGCGUCCAGGGCUUCUGCGGCAAGGAGCAGUUGGAAAGUCUAGCAGACUGCUAUCAGGAUUUCUUCAACUUUUACAAGAUCAAAACCACUGACAAAUUCCACUUCCCGGACUACUGGACGGCCGUGCACCAGACCCGAGGACGUAUACUGCAAGAACAGGGGAAAGCCAUUCAGCCCCAAGUUUGCCAGGCAGCCGUCAAGCUGGCAGCCUGCGUCGCCAAGAAACCAUAUGAUUCACUCUGCUUCCUGGGCUUUGCAUUGAACUUGACAGAAGCUAAUGACUACAUCACCGAUAUUGCUGUCGGGAAUUACCAAUGCACUGAUGGAUAUGCGACCCUGUUGCAAGAUUUCGAGUGCCUCGGGAAGACGCGCGACACCUACCAUGUUCCGCUUCAGGCCUGCAGCGAUAAUUUCAACUAUGCCCUUGAUCAUGGAGGUGACAUCUGCCCAGCGAUGAACACUUUCCUCACCUGCCAACAGCCCUACUACGCAAAUAGCUGCGGCUUCAACGCUGGGGUGUGGAUUUGCGGCACGAAUCGGGCUGGCAUUCUCGCCAACAGUGACUACUGCUUGAAGCUCGGUCAGCUCAAUGAGUGCCCUCCCUAUCGA